AUGCACGAGCAGGACCAGCCCCCGCCCACGGCAGCCGCAGAAAAAGCACGCACGCCCGGCGGGCACGUGACCGCGCCCGCCGCCCCCGCCGCCGGCCGCAACGCCCGUCUCUCGGCGUCCGACGGAAGGCAGGCCGCCGUCAUCUUCUCCGUGGCCGUGCUUUUGCACACCUACCGCCUCCAGUGUUCGCCCAGGGUGGUCUUCGACGAGACGCACGUCGGCGGCUACGUGCGGCAGUACUUCCAGGGCCGCUUUUUCGUGGACGUGCACCCGCCAUUGGGCAAGCUCGUGUUCUACUGGCUCGCGCUCCUCGGCGGCUGGGACGGGCAGUUUGGUUUUGGCGGCGUCGGCGACGUGUACGACACAAACGUGCCGUUUGUGGCCAUGCGCCUGUUCCUGGCCGCGUGCGCCGCGGCCGCGGCCGUGCUGGUGUUCUUGGCGCUCCGGUUCUCCGGCUGCCGGCUGCGCAUAGCCUGCCUCGGCGCGUUGGCGGUGGUCUUUGAGAACUCGCUCGCCACGCAGGCACGCGUGGUCAUGCUCGACAGCGCGUUGGUGGCGUUCACGGCCGCGGCGGUGGCCGCGUUCCAGCGCUUCCAGGCGGCAGAGCCGUUCUCGCGGCCGUGGCUCAAGGCCAUGCUUCUUACCGGCGUGGCGGAGGGGCUCGCGGCGGCCACCAAGCUCCCGGGGCUCUUCACGGCCGCGUGGGUGGGCGCGUGGUCGCUCGUGCACAUGUGGCGGCUCGCGGGCGACGUGCGCGUGCCGGGCCGCCAGUUGGCGCUCCACGCGGCCAGCCGGGCCGUGGCGUUUGCGGGCGUGCCGGCGGCCAUCUACUGCGGGCUCUUCGCCGUGCACUUCCGCAUGCUCCCGCUCGGCGCCGGCGCCGGCGACGCCGGGCUCAUGGCGCCGGCGUUCAAGGCCGCGUUGGCGGACGCGCACGGCUUGCGCAACACGGCCGUGGACGUGCUGUAUGGCAGCACCGUGUCCGUGCGGCACCACCGCAUGGACGCGUACUUGCACCUGCACGAGUACACGUACGUGGGCGGCUCCGGCCAGCAGCAGGUGACCAUGUACGGCUACGACCCGGACACCAACAACGAGUGGGUGCUCGAGCCGCACGGCACGUACGUCGACGGCGCGCUCGACGCGCAGUUCCGGCCCGUCAAGGACGGCGACUCCGUGCGCGUGUUCCACAAGGCCUCGCGCAAGUACUUGCGCGCCAACGACGUGCGGCCGCCGCGCUCCGAGCACGACUACCUGAACGAGGUGGCGUGCCACGGCGGGCACGACGCCCCCGCGGACAUCGACCUCGAGUGGACCGUGCGCAUCGUGGGCAAGAAGCCGCACGCGCAGUCCGACUUGGCCUUGCGCAAGCUCCGCGCCACGGAGUCCGUGUUCCAGCUCGUGCACCGCGGCACGCACUGCGUGCUCAUGGGCCACGACACGCGCUUGCCCGCGUGGGCCUUUGGCCAGCUCCAGGUGCUCUGCGUCAACGGGCCCACGCUCGCCAACACGCUCUGGUACAUCGAGGCCAACCGCCACCCGGCCAUCGACGCCGACGCGCUGCGCUACCCGCGCGUGCACUUGCCGGGGCUCCUGCUCUGGGCGAAGAUGGCCCACUACCACCGCUCCAUGUGGCGCGUCAACAAGGGCCUGGCCGCGCCGCACGCGUACGCGUCGUUGCCGCUCGCGUGGCCGCUCGCGGCGCGCGGCAUCAACUACUUCAGCAACGGCCACGGCCUCGCGCGCUUGGCCGGCGAGCUGGGCUCCCACGUGUACUUGGUGGGCAACGUGGCCGUGUACUGGGGCGGGCUCGCGGUGGUGGUACUUGUGGCCGUGCGCCUGGUGCUCGUGGGCUUGCGGCGGUUGAACCCGUUCGUGCGCCCGGCGCCCGUGCCUGCCGCCGCCGCCGCGUGCCGCGAGGCCCAGUGGCAGUACGCGUCGGGCUGGGCGCUCCACUACGUGCCCUACAUGUUCAUGGAGCGCCAGCUCUACGCGCACCACUACUUGCCCUGCGUGUUGUUCCUUGUCUUGGGCACGGCGCAGUACGUCGAGGCCCAGGCGGGCGCCCGCUCGCGGCUCGCGGCGGCGGCCUGGGUGCGCGGCUACGACGCCUACUUGUGCGCCGUGGUGUAUGUGUUUGUGCGCCUCCGGCCCUUGGUGCACGGCUCGGCCUGGACCGUGGCCCAGUGCCAGGCGGCCAAGUGGCUUCCGGGCUGGGACUUCGACUGCAUGGCCUACAGCCACUGAGGGGCUUGGGGCUGGAUGGAUGGCCACUGCGCACUGCGGGGCGGAUCCGAUCCCGGCGGCUUCUGUUUGGCCGCUGCUUCUCAGCCUGUGUUCAUGUUGAAGUUCUUUCCAAGUCAGCCUGUGUUCAUAUUGAAGUUCUUUCCAAGUCAGCCUACAUAUUGAAGUUCUUUCCAAGUCAGCCUACAAAUUGAAGUUCUUUCCAAGUCAGCCUACAUAUUGAAGUUCUUUCCAAGUCAGCCUGUUUACAUAUUGAAGUUCUUUCCAAGUCAGCCUGUUUACAUAUUGAAGUUCUCUCCAGAUCAGCCU